AGCCCGAUGCGGGGCUCGAUCCCAGGAUCCUGGGAUCAUGACCUGAGCCGAAGGCAGACGCUUAAUGACUGAGCCACCCAGGCGCCCCAAUCAUCUGUUAAUCUUAUUGUGAAUACUUUGUGCAUGAGAAGUUGCUUCUUUCUUGCUGAUUUCAAAAUUCUCUCUUUGGUUUUCAAAAUUGAAUAAUAAUGGGUCUUGAUUGGCGUGGAUUUCUUUGAGUUUAUUCUGCUUGGAGUUAUUGGACUUUUUGGAUGUGUAUAAUUGUGUCUUUCAUCUGAUUUGGCACAUUUUUGGCUAUUAUUUCUUCAAAUAUUUUUCUCCUUUUUUCUCUUACUCUUUCCUAUGCGUAUGUUAGUGUGCUUGAUAGAGAAGAAAACAAGUAAGAAAUUCAGGAAACUACAAGGAGCAGAAAAAAAUUUAAGAAAAACUAUUAGUCUUCAGAUGUAAGAGAUGAUAGUAAUGAGACCAGAACAGAGUUUUGUAAGAAGUAAUAAUCAGGGAGUUAAAGUGUUUUUAGAAAUGAAAGUAUGUACUUCCUGUGCUCCUCUCCUCCAAAUGUAGAAGAGUUGGAAGAUAAAGGUGAGGAAAUCACUCAGGAAAGAAAAUAAAGGUGGAAAAUGGAGAAAAAUGGUAAGAUAAGUGGAGAAUCAAUGUAGGAUGCAUAAAGUCCAAUUAAUAGGAACUAGAAAAAAAGAGAAAAUGAAAAGGAGGAAAUGAUAGAAGACAUAAUACAAGAAAAAAUUUUUAGGAGUGGGGGGGACUUGAGUUAGAGAUUAAAAGAGCAAACUGAAUACCAAGAAAAAUGAAUGAAGAAAUAUCUGCUCCAGGGCUUAUCAUUUAGAAGUUACAGAACACUGAGGGGAGCCUGGGUGGUUCAUUGGUUAACUUUCUGACUCUUGAUUUCAGCUCAGGUCAUGAUCUUAGGGUUGUGAGAUCAAGCCCUGUGUCGGGCUUUGUGCUCAGUGGGGAGUCUGCUUGAGAUCCUCUCUCCCUCCCCCUCUGCCCUCCCCUGCUUGCAUGUGUGCUUUCUCUCUCUCAGAUAAAUAAAUGAAUCUUAAAAAAAAAAAAAAAAAAUUACAGAACACUGAAAAAAAAAAAAAAAAAAAAAAGAACACUGAGACAAAGAGAAUAUCCUGAAAGUUUCCAUAAGGAAGAAAGCAGUUCAGUAAAAAAGAUGGAAAAUAAGAAUGGCAUGAUUUUCUCAGUAUUAACAUUACAAACUAGAAGUCAUUGAAACAAUACCUGUUGCAUUUUGAGUGAAUGAUUUCUAACCUAGAAGUUUAAACCUAAUUAAACAACAUAUGAAGAUAGAAAAGACAUUUAAGACAUAUAAAGUCUUACAAGAUUUACUUCUUUUUGGGACUUAAGGGACCCAAUAAUUAGCACUGUUUCCCUUCCUGAAUCCUGAACAAAUUCUGAAAGAUGAAAGAAGCAUAUGGAGAUCAGAUUAUCAUUUUUUUUUAAAGAUUUUAUUUAUUUAUUUGAGAGAGAGAGAGGGUGACCACGCGCAUGCGAGAGCACGAGCCGGAGAAGAAGGAGAGGGAGAAACAGACUCCCUGCUGAGCAGGGAGCCUGGUGUGGGGCUUGAUCCCAGAACCCUGGGAUCAUGACCCUAGCUGAAGGCAGAUGCUUAGCCUCCUGAGCCACCCAAGCACCCCCAGAUUAUCAUUUUUAUUAUGGAUAAAAUUCACUUUGGAGAAUGGAUUUUUUAUUUUCAAGUUGUUUAUUAAUACUCAGUGCCAGAAUUAGACUUACUCAGGCAUAGGCACAACUGCAGACCCUGUGUGGGACUUACACCUGUAAAUGUUAGAGUACGAAUGGGAAAGUGGAAUUCUCUUCCUUAUGAACAGCUAGCUGUGAAGAGGGAUGAGAGAGAGAUACUUAGUUUUACCUACAUCAUUUUCACAAACUCACUGAUGAAAUAUGUUAGUCCAUGUCUUUGGGAAAAGAAUGAAUGAGGGGAGUGGAAAAAAGUCCAGAGUGUUAUGAUAAUGGAUGCCUGUCUACACAGAAUGAAAUGCAGAAAUUGGGCAUAAUUAUUUUUUUUUUACUACCUUUCAUAUUUCCUUUCUUAGGUACUGGAGGAUGUACUCCACCCAAAAAAGAGGGAGUAAAUUGUGGAAGAGGAAGACAGAAGUCAGCAUGAGGGUGGAUAAGAAUUGGUAGGAUGAUAGUGAAAGGAAGUUUCAGGGUGACAGCUGUGGUAAAAGACUAGUAGUGACCAGCAAGUGCUAGACAGGGGAUGUUCAAGGAGAGAACAACAAAAACAAACAUAUAGACUAUGUGAUGGGUGUUUGAACAUAUUCACAGAUUUAUGGUUCUGUCAAUGAAUUAUCAAUAGGUAUGUAAAAAAAUCUUAAGAAAAAUGAGGUAAUGAUUAAUUCCAGGUAAAAUUGAAAAGUAUACCAAAAAAAAUGUGAUUAUUAUAUAUAUAUAUUAAGUCAAAAGGCUGGGCUACCAUGACACAGAAAUCCAUUAGUACAGUGCCUUAAAAAAUAGAAUUUUAUCUUUCUUUCAUAUAACAAUUGCUAGGUGAGUGGUCACCUGAUCCAGAUGAGUAGUUCUGUGUGGUCACUCAGGGGCCCAAGUUCCAUUGAUGAUGUUGUCCAGCCAAAAGUAUGGCCAAGUGUUAACAGCAUUGACUUUACCUGGGCUUAUUAGAUAUGCAGAAUGUCAGUCCUCCAAAUUAGAAUCAGAAUCUGCAUUUUGGAACUAGCUGAUUCUGAUGCACAGAAACUUGAGACUCAGUGAUCUGGAUUAGAACAUAAUUGUUGGCUCUGUGCCUGAAGAUGGAUGAUUGAGAAUUUUAUACAGUGAUACGAGGAGAGCAUGGAGGAGGUAACAACUUGAUCUUAAGGACACACCUAACAGUAAGGAAGGUUGGGAAAGACAAUCUAGCUAUGUGUGUGGGAAAAGGAGAAAAUAAAUUUUGAGGGGCAUUUAGAAAGUUUUAUAGUAUAUAUUUGGCUCAGCCAUGAAUAAUACUGUUACCUCUUAGUGAAAUCAUCUUCGGAAGAUGUAGGUGGGAUAGGAACAUAUGUGUGUGUAUAAUUCUGUUUGUCUCUAGGGGGAAUGUUUGAGACAGCCAAAUUCUUAUCUUCCAUAGUAGGAAGUCUGUGGAUACUAUCUAAAGUUAAAACAAAUUAAGAUCAGUAUCAGCUUAAGCAUGUAAUUUAGAAAUACGGAGAUAAAUCUCAGAAGAAACCACUAAAAGAGUUGAAAUUUGUUUGCCUAAUCUGGACUUGAAGCAAUUCAGCUACUGGGAAUCUGCCAUUUAACAAUAUCACAAUUGGAAAGAAGCAGGUUUUCAAAUAAUGGAAGACUCUAAGACCUCUAAAAAUGAAAAUCAUGAACCAAAGAAGAAUGCUUGGGCUCUUUCUGAAGAAAGCAAAGCAGUUAAAGUUAUAUCUAAUCAGACUUUGAAAGCUAGAAAUGAUAAAUCCAUAAAAGAAAUUGGGACCAGCUCUCCAAAUAAGAAUAGUAGUAAAAAAAAUAAGCAAAAUGAUAUUUGUAUAGAAAAAACAGAAGUUAAAUCAUGUAGAAUAAAUGCUGCCAACAUAGCAAGCCCUAGAGAUUUGGGAUUAGUCCUUCGAGAUCAAAGUCACUGCAAAACAAAAAAAUCACCUAAUUCACCGGUGAAAGCAGAAAAGGUACCAGUUUCACAAGCAAAAGCAGAAAAAUCACCAAAGUCCCCUAAUUCACCAGUGAAAACAGAAAAGACACCCAGCUCACAGGCGACAGCAACAGAAAAGGCACUUAGUUCACAGAGGAAAAUGGAAAAAGGACCCAGUUCUCAGAUGAAAUCAGAAAAGGUCCCUGGUUCACCAGCAGAACCAGAGAAGGCUCCCAGUUUACUGUUGAAGGAAAACAUGCGACGGACAGAAUUACAACAUAUUGGAAAAACAAUUCCAAGCUCUUUUACGACUCUGGACAAAGUGAAUAUUGAUGUAGAGGGAGGAAAAUCUGCUUUGGAAAACUCACCAGGAUCUCAGAAGCGACAAGCAUGUACAGAUAAUACUGUUGAUUCUGAUGAUAGUGCUUCAGGAAUUGAAGACAUAUCGGAUGAUUUGAGUAAAAUGAAGAAUGAUGACUCUAAUAAAGAAAAUUCUUCAGAGAUGGACUAUUUAGAAAAUGCUACUGUGAUAGAUGAAUCUGCAUUGACACCUGAGCAGAGGCUAGGCUUGAAACAAGCAGAAGAACGCUUAGAAAGAGAUCACAUCUUUCGACUUGAAAAACGCUCACCAGAAUAUACCAAUUGCCGAUAUCUAUGCAAACUUUGCUUAAUUCACAUUGAAAACAUCCAGGGAGCUCAUAAACAUAUAAAGGAGAAACGACAUAAGAAAAAUAUUUUGGAAAAACAGGAAGAAAGUGAGCUUCGUUCUCUGCCACCUCCUACCCCUGCCCACCUGGCUGCUUUAAGUGUUGCAGUUAUUGAAUUAGCAAAAGAACAUGGAAUAAAAGAUGAUGACCUCAGAGUCCGUCAGGAAAUUGUGGAGGAAAUGUCAAAGGUGAUAACAACAUUUUUACCAGAGUGUUCACUUAGGUUGUAUGGCUCAUCUCUGACUAAGUUUGCUCUGAAAAAUAGUGAUGUUAAUAUAGAUAUAAAAUUUCCUCCCAGGAUGAAUCAUCCAGAUCUACUGAUACAAGUGCUUGGGAUUUUAAAAAAAAGUGUAUUAUAUAUAGAUGUGGAAUCUGAUUUUCACGCCAAAGUUCCUGUUGUGGUGUGCAAAGAUCGGAAAAGUGGUUUGCUUUGUAGAGUGAGUGCAGGAAAUGAUAUGGCAUGCCUCACUACUGAUUUACUUGCUGCUCUUGGCAAGUUGGAACCUGUCUUUACUCCCUUGGUGUUAGCCUUUCGCUACUGGGCUAAGUUAUGCUAUAUUGACUCCCAAACUGAUGGUGGAAUCCCUUCUUACUGUUUUGCUUUAAUGGUGAUGUUUUUUCUACAACAAAGAAAACCCCCUCUUCUUCCUUGCUUACUUGGAAGUUGGAUUGAAGGCUUUGACCCAAAAAGAAUGGAUGACUUUCAGCUGAAGGGCAUAGUAGAAGAGAAGUUUGUGAAGUGGGAAUAUAAUUCAAGUAGUGCAACUGAGAAAAACUCAAUUGCUGAGGAAAACAAAGCUAAGGCAGACCAACCAAAAGAUGAUACCAAGAAGACAGAAACAGACAACCAAAGUAAUGCCAUGAAGGAAAAACAUGGCAAAUCUCCUUUAACAUUGGGAACACCAAAUCAGGUAUCCCUGGGACAGUUGUGGUUAGAGCUGCUAAAAUUUUACACACUGGAUUUUGCUUUGGAAGAAUAUGUCAUAUGUGUACGGAUACAAGAUAUUUUAACAAGAGAAAACAAAAACUGGCCUAAAAGGCGAAUAGCCAUUGAAGAUCCAUUUUCAGUCAAGAGGAAUGUUGCACGGAGCUUAAACAGCCAGCUUGUUUAUGAAUAUGUUGUGGAGAGAUUCAGGGCAGCUUAUCGGUAUUUUGCCUGUCCUCAGAGGAAGGGUGGAAAUAAAUCUACAGUGGAUUCUAUGAAAAAAGAGAAGGGGAAAAUAAGCAAUAAGAAACCAGUGAAGUCUGACAAUAUGGCAUCCAAUUGUUGCAUUCUACUUGGAGAAAGCACAGAAAAAAUAAAUGCAGAAAGAGGUCAGCCUGAUAAAUAUGAUGAAAUGGAAUGUACAUCACAGAGAUGUAUUACUGAAGAUGACAGUUUGUUGGUAAAUGAACUAGAUUUGGCUGAACUCGAACAGGAAUCUUCCUGUCUUUCUACCAGUGAAGACAGUGAAUUAGAGCCAAAAUCAAAUAAGAAACAAGAUGAUUUAGCACCUUCAGAAACUUGUUUAAAAAAGAAACUCAGCCAAUGUAAUUGCAUUGAUUAUAAAUCCCCUGACCCAGAUGAAUCUGUUGGUACAGACUGCAGGUCAAAUAUAGAAACAGAAAGUUCACAUCAGAUUGUGAGCACUGACACAUCUGCUACCUCUUGCAACUGCAAAGCUACAGAAGAUGCUUCUGACCUUAAUGAUGAUGAUAACCACCCCACCCAGGAAUUAUAUUAUGUGUUUGAUAAGUUUAUUUUAACCUCUGGCAAGCCACCAACGAUAGUAUGCAGCAUCUGCAAAAAAGAUGGCCAUUCAAAAAAUGAUUGUCCAGAGGACUUCAGGAAAAUUGAUCUAAAACCUCUACCACCAAUGACAAAUCGAUUUCGGGAAAUACUUGAUUUAGUAUGUAAAAGAUGUUUUGAUGAGUUAUCACCACCCUUUUCUGAACAACACAACAGGGAGCAAAUUUUAAUUGGCUUGGAAAAGUUUAUUCAAAAAGAAUAUGAUGAAAAGGCAAGAUUGUGCUUAUUUGGCUCUUCUAAGAAUGGAUUUGGAUUUCGUGAUAGUGAUCUGGAUAUUUGUAUGACCCUGGAAGGCCACGAAAAUGCAGAGAAAUUAAACUGUAAAGAAAUAAUUGAAAAUUUGGCAAAAAUUCUUAAGAGACAUCCAGGUUUAAGGAACAUUUUGCCUAUAACUACUGCCAAAGUGCCUAUAGUAAAAUUUGAACAUAGACGAAGUGGUUUAGAAGGUGAUAUCAGUUUAUAUAAUACCUUGGCUCAACAUAACACAAGAAUGCUAGCUACUUAUGCAGCUAUUGAUCCUAGAGUACAGUACUUGGGAUAUACUAUGAAGGUGUUUGCAAAGCGAUGUGACAUUGGAGAUGCUUCUAGGGGAAGUUUAUCUUCAUAUGCUUAUAUCCUUAUGGUGCUGUACUUUCUGCAGCAGAGAAAACCACCUGUUAUCCCAGUUCUACAAGAGAUCUUUGAUGGAAAACAGAUUCCACAGAGAAUGGUUGAUGGAUGGAAUGCAUUUUUCUUUGAUAAAACAGAAGAACUGAAAAAACGUUUACCUUCACUUGGAAAGAACACAGAAACAUUAGGAGAGCUUUGGUUGGGACUGCUUCGCUUCUAUACUGAAGAGUUUGAUUUCAAGGAAUAUGUAAUUAGCAUUCGGCAGAAAAAGCUGUUGACAACUUUUGAGAAGCAGUGGACAUCCAAAUGCAUUGCAAUUGAAGAUCCUUUUGACUUGAAUCAUAACCUUGGUGCUGGAGUUUCUAGAAAAAUGACCAAUUUUAUCAUGAAGGCAUUUAUCAAUGGAAGGAAACUUUUUGGUACCCCCUUUUAUCCACUCAUUGGCAGAGAAGCUGAGUACUUCUUUGAUUCCCGAGUAUUAACAGAUGGAGAACUGGCUCCCAAUGAUCGAUGUUGUCGUGUGUGUGGAAAAAUAGGCCACUACAUGAAAGACUGCCCUAAAAGGAGAAGCAGUUUACUGUUUAGACUAAAGAAGAAAGACAGUGAAGAAGAGAAGGAUGGGAAUGAAGAGGAGAAAGAUUCCCGAGACCUUGUUGACCCCCGAGACCUCCACGACACUCGAGAGUUUAGAGACCCCAGAGACCUCAGAUGCUUUAUAUGUGGAGAUGCAGGACAUGUACGAAGGGAGUGCCCAGAGGUCAAGCUGGCCCGUCAGAGGAAUAGCAGUGUGGCAGCAGCCCAGCUGGUCCGCAACCUUGUAAAUGCCCAGCAGGUGGCUGGUUCAGCCCAGCAACAGGGUGAUCAGUCCAUAAGGACUAGACAGUCCUCAGAAUGUUCUGAUUCACCAUCUUAUUCUCCUCAGCCCCAGCCGUUUCCACAGAACUCUUCCCAGUCAGCUGCCAUUACUCAGUCUCCAUCCCAGCCAGGAUCCCAACCCAAGCUUGGCCCACCUCAGCAGGGAGCCCAGCCCCCCCAUCAGGUCCAGAUGCCUGUGUAUAACUUUCCGCAGUCACCACCAGCUCAGUAUUCUCCCAUGCACAAUAUGGGAUUGUUGCCAAUGCACCCUCUCCAGAUCCCUGCCCCAUCCUGGCCUAUCCAUGGUCCAGUGAUCCACUCUGCACCAGGCAGUGCCCCCAGCAAUAUUGGCCUGAACGAUCCCAGCAUCAUCUUUGCACAGCCUGCUGCCAGACCUGUGGCGAUCCCUAGCUCCUCUCAUGAUGGACACUGGCCUCGUGCUGUGGCUCCAAAUUCCCUGGUGAACAAUGGUACAGUGGGGAAUUCGGAGCCAGGCUUUCCAGGACUAAAUCCUCCAAUUCCUUGGGAACAUGCACCACGUCCCCAUUUCCCUCUUGUCCCAGCUUCGUGGCCUUAUGGUUUGCAUCAAAACUUCAUGCAUCAGGGAAAUGCCAGAUUUCAGCCCAACAAACCAUUCUAUACUCAAGCUGGUCUACCGAUGCACAGCAACCAGCCAAUCCUGCUGUCUCAAGGGUAUCCGUACCUCAAUGUCAGUUACAUUCAGCAGAAAAAGUGACAUUUAAUGGAAAGCAAAACAAAUCAGGUCCUGAUUUAAAAUUUUAACACGUUUAGAUAGCUUAUUUAAAUUCUAAGACUGUUUUUUAAGACUGUAUUAUUUGUAUAUAAAUAUGAACUAUAGUUUUUACUAGUAUCACCAAAUUGAGUGAUACAAAUUUCAUCUAUUUUAUUACCCUAUUUUUAAGGGAAUUUUAUGUUUUGUUUAAUCUUGAUGAAUUGUAUAAAGAGAGAAUUUAAAAAUUACAUUCUUUAUUUUCUAUUAGCUGUAUUCAUACUUUGGUUGCUUCAGACUUUAUAUAUAUUGUUCUUAAGAAUUAGGAAAAACUUUCAUGUGUUUUAAAUUUGUCACUUCUAUUCUUUACAGAACCUUGUAGUGCCAAAAACUUUUUAAAAGGUAAAAAAAAAAAUAAAACUACAACGUGAAGAUUCAGAAUUUUUUUCUUUUACAUUCUUGUAUAUUGAAAAUACUCAAACUUGAACAGAAAGUUGUUUUUGUCUGUAUUUGAAGUAAUUCUAUUUUAAGUUAAUAAAUCUUUUUGACAAGA